UUCAGCACGUUUGCUUGGUCUGCGUUAUACUCGUGCUAAUGCAGCAGUUCAUCUUUUUGCACUUAAGCUCUUUAUCUGUUGACAUUUGCAUGGGUCAUAAAGACAUAACUUGUGAUAGGUGCCAUUUUCAGUGCAUUCUCUUUUGGUUUCCCCACUUUACUUUCAUUAAGCUUUUUUUUUUUUUUUUAUUCUGGUGAAGGCAUUUUGUGUACAUGCGUAGACGACAACACGGUGACAGUUUCAGGUUCUCCUGAUGCUGUUCAUGUCAGUUCUCUUUGUGUCAUAAUUCAAUGAAUUCUUUUUUUUCAGUUUUACAUUGUUGCAUGAUCUCAGUUUUUUCGUGUCCCUGUGAUCUCUCAAGAUUAACUUUGCUCUUGAUGAUUUUAAAUGGUGCAUGCAGCUACACUAUGUGGACAAAAGUACUGGGCCACCUACACAUUACACCGACAGCAGCUGCUCGACCAUGGAAACUGUGGAAACCCAGUUUGAUGUUGAUGCCGGAGAAAGUUUGGAACCUUGCAGUUUUAGAGUCGGUAGAUAGUUUGUGGCUUUUAUGCACUGUGUGUCUCAGCACUUGGCUCGCCUGCUCCUUAACUUUGGUGGUGUGCCAAGCUAUGACUGAGUUGCUGAAGUUAAUUUCAGAACAUUUCCAGUUUUUGCAGAUUUUCGAGGGAAGAAAUUUCACAGACUGACUUGUUGCAGUGGUGGCACCCUGUUACAGUAUACGCUAAAAUUCAGCAAGUGCUUUAGAAUGACCCAUUCCUUCAUAAAUGCUUGUAAAGGCAGGCUGCAUGGUUGGGGACUUGAGUUAAUACACCUGAAUUCAAAGAUUCAUGGCCCAGUGCUUUUGACCAUAUGCUGUAUUAAAGUAAUGAUCUGUGAAUACAAAACUAACAGCAAAUGCUUCUUACGUGCUUCUAAUCUCUUAUCUUGCCUUACCACUGGAUGUAUGUAUAUCUGUGUGUGUGUGUGUGUGUUUUUGUGUGUGUGUGUGCGUGUGUGCGUGCACGCAUCUGCUCCAGUCCUCUGCCCGCCGCUCAGCAAAGGUGAGCUCGCCUACAGCAGAGUGGAGAGGACAAAUGGAAUGCAAAUACAUGAGUUAAUUCUGAAAAGUUUGAUUAUUUUAAUGUUUGAACAGUAGACUCUGGGACCAUAAGAAGCAGAUUUCUCCUUAUGAAAUACUUGACAUUGAAAGAAUUGUAUGAGUAAUAGUUACUUGAGGUGUGUGAUCUUUCGUUGACUCAGGAGGGGCAGACUAAAAACAGGAUGUUAAUAUCACUAACCUGGUUGUGUAUGAUAACAUUAAGGGGUAGUACUAAAAGCUUUCGUUAUUCAUCUUCAGUCUAACCUGCAUUUAGUUUAAGUAACCGCUCUGACACAGUUUCUAUGAUCACACUGUGGCAGUGGAAAACGCCGCGUCUCACAUCAGCUACCUCCCUCCCCUCCCUCCUGGUCCGUCCCUCCAGCCGCUCCAGCCUGUCGCUCAGGGCGUCUCGUGAGAGUCUCGCAUCCUCUCUGUCUGGUGAUGUCAGUGAGGCGGGCCUGUCCUCCCAGCAGGGUGCUCUGGGCGCCCCUGUCAUACCUCAGCCCAGCGGGUCACCUGCAGCAGCAGCAGCUGCUUCUGUUCCAGCUACUCCAAGCAAGGUGGAACCUGCCAUAUCCAAGCAGGAGGAGGAAUCACUGCGAGCUCAAGUCAAGGACCUGGAGGAGAAACUGGAGACUUUGAAGAUGAAGCGAACAGAAGACAAAGCCAAGCUUAAGGAACUGGAGAAACACAAGAUCCAGUUGGAGCAGCUUCAGGAGUGGAAGAACAAGAUGCAGGAGCAGCAGGCCGAGCUGCAGAAACAACUCAAAGAGGCCAAGAAGGAAGCCAGGGAGGCACAGGAGGCCAAGGAGCGCUACAUGGAGGAGAUGUCUGACACGGCAGAUGCCAUAGAGAUGGCCACGCUGGACAAAGAGAUGGCAGAAGAGAGAGCAGAAUCGCUCCAGGUUGAGGUGGAUAGCCUGAAAGAGAAAGUGGAGGAGCUGUCAAUGGACCUGGAGAUCCUUAGGCAUGAGAUUUCAGAGAAAGGCUCAGAUGGAGCUGCCUCCAGUUACCAGGUCAAGCAGCUGGAGGAGCAGAACAGCAGACUCAAGGAGGCGCUGGUCAGGAUGAGAGAUCUGUCUGCUUCGGAGAAACAGGAACACGUGAAGCUUCAGAAGCAGACGGAGAAGAAGAACGUGGAGCUGGAGACUCUGAGGACUCAGAAAGAAAAACUGCAUGAAGAAGUCAAGCAGGCAGAGGCUACAAUCGAUGAACUGAAGGAACAGGUGGAUGCUGCUCUGGGCUCAGAGGAGAUGGUGGAGACCCUGACGGAGAGGAACCUCGACCUUGAGGAGAAAGUCAGAGAGCUGAGAGAAACCGUGACUGAUCUGGAAGCCAUCAAUGAGAUGAAUGAUGAGCUCCAGGAGAAUGCCAGAGAAACAGAGAUGGAGCUGAGGGAACAGCUCGAUCUGAGUGGAGCAAAGGUCAGAGAGGCAGACAAAAGGGUGGAAGCUGCCCAGGAGACUGUAGCUGAUUACCAGCAGACCAUCAACAAAUACAGAGAACUCACUGGCUCACUUCAGGAGACCAACAGGGAGCUGAUCAGUCAGCAGAAUGCAAAUGCAGAACAAGUUCAGCAACCACCUGCUGAGCUGUUUGACUUUAAGAUCAAGUUUGCAGAGACCAAGGCUUACGCCAAGGCCAUUGAGAUGGAGCUGAGGAAAAUGGAAGUAGCUCAGUCGAACAGACAGGUGUCCCUCCUCACCUCCUUCAUGCCUGACUCCUUCCUUCGCCAUGGUGGGGACCAUGACUGCAUUCUGGUUCUCCUGCUUAUUCCCAGGCUCAUCUGCAAGGCUGAACUCAUCAGUAAACAGGCACAGGAGAAGUUUGACUUGAACGGGAACCCGGUGCAGGGAACAGGGCUGAGAGGGCCUCCGGGAGAACAGCGCAGUUUCGCUUCAGGACUGGUCUACUCCCUCAGCCUGCUGCAGGCCACCCUGCAUAAAUAUGAACAGGCUCUGAACACCUGCAGCGUGGACGUUUUUAAGCGCAUGGGAACCCUUUACUCUGAAAUGAGUUUCCAUGAACGCUCUCUGGAUUAUUUCAUAGACCUGCUUCAUAAAGAUCAGCUGGAUGAGACCGUUCAGGUGGAACCUCUCACUAAGGCCAUCAAGUACUAUCAGCAACUGUAUAGUGUCCAUCUGGCAGAUCACACUGAAGACUGCACAGUGCAGCUGGCUGAUCACAUUAAGUUUACUCAGAGUGCCUUGGACUGUAUGGUAGUGGAGGUAGCUCGUCUGCGCGCCUUCCUGUCAUCAGGACAGGAGAGCUCUGGUUUAGCAGUUCUUCUGAAGGACCUGGACACCUCGUGUUCUGAUAUCAGACAGUUUUGUAAGAAGAUCCGCCGUCGCAUGCCCGGAACAGAUGUAGCUGGAGUCCCCGCUGCUCUCAGUUUUGGACCAGAGGUUUCAGAGACGUUGACCGAGUGCAGGCGUCAGUUGACCCGUGUGGUUGCGGUACUUCAAGAGGUAGCUGCAGCUGGAGCUCAGAUGGUUCCUUCGCUGGGAGAACAGGAAGGUCUCAAUGCUCUUAAACUGGAGGAUAUUGCCUGCAAGGUUGUGGAGCAGGUAUAUGGCUCCCAUGGUGUAAAUGGCCCAGAGUUACUGCGGCAGUCUUGCAGCUCUGUCAUCACCACCAUGAACAAGAUGGCUACAGCCAUGCAGGAAGGAGAGUAUGAUGCUGAAAAACCACAGGGAAAGACUCUUCCAGUGGAAAUGAGAGCAGCCACAGUCAGGGCAGAAAUGACUGACGCCGAAGGUCUGGGAGUCAAACUAGAAGACCGAGAAACCGUCAUCAAGGAGCUCAAGAAGUCUCUCAAGAUUAAGGGUGAGGAGCUGAGUGAGGCCCAUGUCCGCCUCAGCCUCUUGGAGAAGAAGCUGGACACCUCCACCAAAGAUGCUGAUGAACGUGUGGAGAAGAUUCAGACCAAAUUGGAUGAGAACCUUGCCCUGCUGAAGAAGAAAGAAAAGGAGUUUGAGGAGACGAUGGAUGCUCUGCAGGCUGAUAUUGACCAGCUAGAGGCUGAGAAGGCAGAGCUGAAACAACGACUCAGUAACCAGUCAAAGAUGACCAUUGAAGGCCUGAGAGGUCCACCUGCCUCAGGAAUUGCCUCCAUCGUUCAGGGAUCAGCAGGAGGUCUGCCUCCCUCUAUGGGAGGGCCAAUGCAGGUGGUGGACUCUCCUCUCCUCAGGCAGCAGAUUGAGGCCCAGAGGCUGGGUAUUAAACACCUUAAGAAUGAAAACAACAGACUCAAGGCAGAGAAAAUGAGAGCCCAGCUAGCCUCCCUGCCGCCGCUCCGCCCUCCUAAACUCCCACAAGUUUCUAAAGAAAGCUCCAUGCCUCCAGAGGGACUAAACACAGGGAUAUACAGAAGGACUGACCAGCUGCUAGCAACCCUGCUCAAGCUGAGUGCCGAGGUUAAAGUGGUGGACAUCACUGGAAAGACGGCAGUUAGUGCAAGCGCUCAGCUCCUGGAGCAGACAGCUCGUCUGCAGAACCUCAGUGAUGCUCUGGAUAAACUCAAGGGUGAGGUAGCCGAACAUGUGGUCUCAUAUCAGCCUGGAGCAAAGGCUUCUUCUGACUUUGCCACAUUCCCAGUCACCUCUUUUACUAAGGCCAAGGAAGAGAAGAAGGGAGACACUGUAUUCAUUGGCCGUGUUGCGAUUCCAUGCACCCGUGGACAGGAACAAGUCCACCGUCUCGUCCUAUCAAAGCCGCAGUUGCAGCAAGUGCACAGUCUCCUCAUGGUUUAGAGCAGUAGGAUCACACAGCAGAGUACCGUCUUAUUCCAGCUAACACUUCAGCAUUCCUCCUAUUUGUCUUUUUCACUUUUCUCAGGAAACUGUUUCCACUUAUAGCACUAAUAUUAUCGACCCAGAGAAGUGUCUUUAUAAAAGUGAUUGUUUUUCUGGAUUUCAAGACUCCCGAAUGUCACUAAGGUGUCAUGAUUUCAGUAUUGAAGAAGUUUCUGUACCAAUGUUCACUCUGUGCAAAUGGGAAGGACUACAACACAAUUUUUACUGCAUUUGCAAUGACUGAUAGUUUGUUCCUUUGUAUGUUUUGUAUUUGUGCAAGUCAGACAAUAAAAGAUAGCAGCCCAAUUCUGAGCAAGAAAUACUCAAAUGUAUGUUUACGUUUAUACUUGUAAGCUGAUAUUACAGUGUAAACUUUCACUAAUAUGAUAAAGUGCCAGCUGACA